ACCAGGGUUUAGUUUAGUUUAGUUUACCGCCAACCUUACUCCAGGAUACAGAUACAGCACAAUUAGUGAAUUCUUAGAGUGGAGAAAAUAUUCAAAUAUUUGAUAAUUUUCUAGACAACAUUUGUAGUUUAUUGGACUUUAUACCCCAGGACAUUAUAGCCGGGUCGUUAGGAGCCAGGAUGUUACGGAGAGCAAUGGUAGUGUCAAGUUUACCAAAUUCUAAUAAAUAAAUGAGGAUGUACUUUCUGUGCUUGGUACUGGCAGUAUGUGGAGUCCAGGCUAAAUCCCUAUUUGAAGACGACGACCAUCUUUCUCCAGACACAUUCAAGCGCCUUGCCGCUGCGCUUUAUCAGCGCGGGGAUAAGGCGGAAAAUCGUCUUACAAGAAAAUUUUUGUACAAUCGUAAUAUAACAUGUAACGAUGGGUCUCCGUCUGGAUAUUAUAUACGGAGAAAUAGGGGAAGCACACGCUGGGUUGUUUUUCUUGAAGGAGGAUGGUUUUGUUUUGAUGAGACUAGUUGCGAGGCCAGAUGGCAUCGAUUAAGAACUUUAAUGUCCUCUGACCGGUGGCCGGCGGUGAAGACGGUGGGAGGUAUCCUGUCCUCAGAUAUAGAGGAGAAUCCUCAUUUUGGUGACGCUAACCAUGUUUUAGUACCAUAUUGUUCUAGUGAUUGCUGGUCUGGGGCAGCUAAACGUACUGCAGAGUCAAGAUUCUCAUUUCUUGGUUCAGAGAUAGUAAAGGAGGUGAUUCGAGAGCUGUUCUCCUGGGAGCAGCUUGGUUCAGCACAGGAGCUGUAUCUAGCUGGCAGUAGUGCUGGAGGGACUGGAGUUCUUGUAAACCUGGAUCCUGUCUCCGACCUAGUGGAUACUCUAGGGGGAAAUAUGAGGGUGAGAGGUAUAGUGGACUCAGGUUGGUUUCUAGACAAUGACCCGUAUACACAGACUGACCGACCAGCAGCAGCUGCUAGUAGUACGCUGAGGUCAGGAGCAGCUACCUGGAAAGCUAAACUACCGGAUGGUUGCAAACAAAUGUAUCCCGGAGAAGAGUGGAAAUGUUUCUAUGGAUUCAGAAUCUAUCCAACUUUAAAAAGCCCUCUUUUUGUGUUCCAAUGGCAGUUUGAUGAAGCCCAGAUGACCGUCGAUAAUGUUGGGGCUCCGGUCACCCCACAGCAAUGGAACUAUAUUCACAUCCAGGGCAAAAAUAUGAGGAAUACAUUUAAAGAUGUUUCCGCCGUAUUCUCCCCCUCCUGUAUAUCUCACACCGUGAUAACUAAACCAGAUUGGAUGAAAGUCGAGGUGACAGGAGUAAAUCUCCCAGACGCAAUCCAAUGCUGGGUCCAACAAAGAUUUCCUGGGGAGAAGGAGAUCACAGAGGACUCCUAUAUAACAUCCAAGUACGCUUACAGGGAUAACAAUUAUGUACGCCCAGCUGUACCUGAAUCAGGAGUGAGCAAGUACAAAUUAAACUCUAAUCUAGUGAGAUCUAUAGAUCAGAAUACUAGAGAGGAUACUACUGUGCCCAAGUACACUAAUAGUAUGAGUCAUCGUAUAAGUAAGGGUCGGCACGGACAUAGACUUGUUGAUAACCGAACAUUGAAAAGACAGCACAAGAGAAAGCGCACAGGGAAGUGUAGGUAUGGAGAAGGACUAGAGAACCAGCUAAAGUGUAUUAAAGAAGAGAAUGAGAAGUUUCUUGAGGAAAAUGAAGUUGGAACGAGAAGUAACAGAGAUCUAGUAAGAAGUCUAGAUACCUCUACAAGACAGAGAAGAAGAAGAAGGAAUAGGAACAGACAGGUUCGGUUGGCAGGGAUGGAAAACCUGACCAAAGAGGAGAGAAGAAUAAGGAGAAGACAAGAAAGACAACGGCUAAAAGAACUUGAGAAGAAGAAAAGAAAAGCUCGAAGAAGAGCAGAGAAGCGACAAAAAAAGCAGCAGAGAAGGAUGGAAGAAAUGGAAAAGAAAUUAGAACAAGAAAGACAAGAAAGAAGAAGGUUGGAAAGACAGAAAAGGGAUGUGGGAACAUGUCAAAUGAAGCAUGUAGACAAGUGCAGUUGGCCUCAGUGUAAUAGGUCGUGUCCUAAACUACAUAAUCCAGUUACAGGCGAAGAGAUGGAUUUCCUGGAAUUGUUAAAAUCAUUUGGUUUGGAUAUGCGAAGUGUUGCCUCUGCUCUCGGCAUUGAACUCUCUGCUUUAAACAAUAUGGAUCAAGAUGUUCUUCUACAUCUUCUAACUAGUCAGACAACAUCAUCUUGAUCAGCAUCUUCUCAAUCUUCAUGAUAUAUCUUAUCCUAUAUCAAUCUAUCUGGCUAUCUAUCUAUCUUUCUAUUUGUCUAUUUUUCUGUGUUUACCAAUUGAAGGCAAAGGUACAGCAUGGCUUAGAUCUGAGGCAGUUUACCGAACCUGAGAGAGGGAGAAGAGGGGCUUCUUUAUUUAUAUUAAAUGCUGAGUAA